ACUUUAUGGGCCAGUGUUGCCAUUAUGCUAAUAGCAUUUGCCAAUGCUGAAUACGAUGUGGCAAAAUAUUGCCAACUUGUGGAAACUGGCACUAAACUACCAAGCAUGAAUGCAUGCCAAACCUAUUAUAUCUGUGGGCCCGGUGGUCAGCCAAUUCAAGCCAAUUGCACUGACGGUACUGUAUUCAGUAAAAAUGCUCAAAAUUGUGUAGCUGAAGCGAAUAGCAACUGUUAUUUUGGUCUUAACAAUCCCUGCGAAAACAGGGAUAAAGAAUUUGCUCCCAAUACUAAGGCUUGCAAUCAAUGGUACUAUUGUGUAAAGAAUGAAAUAGCAGGCAGCGGUAGUUGUGCAAUAGGUCAAAUAUUCUCCGCCUCCUCAGGUACUUGUGUUUAUGGACACUGUGAAAGCGGUGGUAAUGGUAAUGGCUACACAGAUGUCCAAAAUGUUUGCCAAAUUAUGUCAGAUGGCAUGUUCUUUGGCGAUAACGAGCAAUGCAAUGCUUGGCACAAAUGUAAUGGAAUGAUGAAGACGAGUGGUGACUGUCGAAAUCAAUUGGUUUAUGAUGCCAAAUCCGGCCAGUGUCUGAAAAAUGAUGGUAACAUGUGUGAUAGAACGGGUGGUGUUGGUUCAAGUCAAGCAGGAGGUCCACCUAAUGAUUCUACAUGUACAGAAGCCACUGUGGUAAAACUAGUUGGCGAUAAACAAGUUUGUUCCGUUUAUUAUUCAUGUGAACUUGUUGCGACCGGUACAGCACCUAAAACUUAUAAAUGGCUACAGAAAAAAUGUACUAAUCAAUAUUUUGAUGUCAUAUCGCAGCAAUGUACUAGCACCUCUAGUGCUCGACCAUACCCACAUUGUAAUCGUUGUGAAUUCACCACCGGUAAUACGUAUUGGGUAAACGACUUCAGUGUUACGUGCUCGGAAUUCAAUACUUGCAAAAAUGGUCAAAUGAUUAGCAAUGGAAAUCAAAAACCCUGUUGUCCUGAAGGAUAUUACUUUAAUGAACCAGCUCAAUAUUGCGUUGAUACGAAUUUGAAUGAGUAUAUACAAAAUCAUGGUGCUUGUCAAAAUUAUUCAUGUACAAAGGAACGUGUAUGCACUGUUGCAGUUUCGCCACCCGUAGUUCCGCCAGCCCCAGCUUCUGGAGACACAUCUGGAAAAAAUCCUCCUCCAAAGAGCGUCUAAAUAACUUUAGAAAAAUUAUAAAAAUAGUUUUAACUAAAUAAUGUUCAAAAAUCAAUUCAAUAAAAUUAAUUAAUUCAAUUA